UGGUUUCGUUACAUCAGAUUUGCUCUGGACUCUUUUCACGAAAAACACCAAGGACUCCACAACAUACAGAGGAUGAAGUUCUGGCUCUCCUGGUUGGGAAUGUUUUGCUUCACGCUCCAUUAUACUGCAAGUGCUAAAAAAUGUGUGAAAGUUUACUGUGACAAACCCGAAAGUGCUUGUAACACGACUUCUCCCGAAUAUAGAGGGAAUAAAUGCUGCUUGGAACAUGUGAGCAAUUGUCUGAGAAAUGCAACGGCAAAUAGAAACACGAAUGGGAAUGGAAAUGGAAACAAGAAUGGGAAUGGGAAUGGAAACGGAAAUGGAAAUGGAAACGGGAAUGGGAAUCCAAAUGGAAACGGGAAUGGGAAUCGCUGCAACCUUCAAGCAAUUAAGACCUUGGAGGAAAUUUUGCUGGAAAUACAACUAAACCAAACAUCAUGCAUCCCUGCAGGCCCUUUUAUGGCCAUCCUACAUAGACCACCCAGGUCUAAUGGCAACGGCUUUAACAUGUUCCUCAGUGACACUGAGGGUUCUGUAGAUGAGGAUCUGCCCGGCCGAAAAUUGCGAGCUCACCUGCCUAAAGAGCUGAAACUUGGACCGGAUCAUACAGUCGCAUUCUGGUCGGUUCAGCUUCCAGAUGAGGAGGAUUGGAAAGGCUUAAAGGACCUGUAUGAGCACAGACUCAUUGGUCUGAGUGUCCGUGGGAUGAAUGUUUCUGGACUUACGGAACUCAUCGAGAUCACAAUCACAAUCACUGCAAACAUAAGCGAACUGGUGAACGUCACAUGUGUGUACCUAAACACCACAGAAAAUGAUACCAUUCCAAGACAUUGUGACAAUACGGACUAUAAUGGGACUCACGUCACCUGUUACUCCAGUCAUCUCACGUACUUUGGUGUGCUUCUGGUGUCUGCAGACGUCUCACCCAAAGACGCUGAGAUCUUGUCCUACAUCACCUACAUCGGCUGUGGUAUAUCUCUGUUUGCUCUGGUCGUCACUGUUUUGUUCUUCAGCACAUCCAGAAAGCUCAGAGCAGAUGAUUCCAAGAAGAUCCACAUCAGCCUGGCAGCGGCUCUGAUCCUCCUCAACGUUCACUUCCUGUCCAGUGAGGCGGCGGCAGCAUCGUUCUCCACUGAGCUUUGUGUCUAUGUGGCUCUUCUUCUUCACUACUCCCUGCUGGCCUCUUUCACCUGGAUGGCCUUGGAGGGCUUCCACCUCUACCUCCUCCUGGUCAAAGUCUUCAACGUCUACGUGAGGAGAUACCUGCUGAAGCUCAGCGUGGUGGGAUGGGGUCUUCCGGCGGUCAUUGUGUCUGUGGUUGUGAUCAUCGACAAGAACUUGUAUGGCCGUACUCCUGUGAUGUCAUCUAGACCCAAUGAAACUGAAAUAUGCUAUAUAACCGAUGACAGAGUGAAGCUGGGGACCACACUGGGACUGUUCAGCAUUAUGUUCCUCUUUAAUGUCAUCAUGUUUGGAGUGACAAUCAAAUGGUUUGUGAGCACCCACUUUACCAAACAGCAUGGACAGAGAGAGCGCCGUGUGGCCCAGAAAGAAAUUGUGACCGUGCUGGUUCUCAUGGUUCUGCUGGGCCUGUCCUGGGGGCUGAUCUUCUUCUCUUUGGGCCAGCUUCCUGCCCCCGGCCUCUACGCCUUCUGCAUCCUGAACUCUCUGCAAGGUUUCUUCAUCUUCAUUUACUUUAUGCUGCAUUUGAAGAAUUCAGGAGCCCAAUCUGCCACUCCGAGCCCUGCAACGCAGGUUGAAAGCUCCUGAUCUCUAGUGGGACCUCACUCAGAGAGACAUUCAGCCAUGAAUCAUUGGUCUUUUGUUGCCUUAAAGAAAUGUUUCAGAAAGUCAAACAGAUCUACGCAUCAGACAAAUGUAACACACAAAAUGCAACAUUUCGAUCAAAGAGUUUCUUCUAUCCAUCCAUUUUCUUCCGCUUGUUCCAAGAUGGAGUUGGUUGUUAGGGCCACCGAAACAAAUCGUCCCAACACCAAGUCCAAAUUACAGACCCAGCUCUGACACAGAGACCUAAAGAACAUAUGAAGGGCCCAGUACUCGAAGUAACACUCUCAGAAAACCCCAAGGGUGAAUACCUUCUCUAAGUUAACAAAACCCAUCUAAACUUGUCUUUAUACUGUUUUAUUUGUUGUUGUUGAGACAGAGACAGUGUAGGACAUUUAAUUAACUCUUUGAAAGGAGAGAUGCAUGAUACAGGCUUAAAGCACAGAAUGCUACUUUCCACCUGCAGUCUCUGGUCAGGCUCAUCUAAUCAGUCUGAUUUGACAGAUUAUGAAAAGCCAGUUUAAGUCCAGCCAGAUUUUGAUCAAUUGUUUGAAAAUGUCUGAUCUGUAAUUAUUCAGAUCUCAGCUAAAAGUAAGAAAACUAAACCACAACCAAACAGACAAUUCAUGAAACAAUUGAUUUUCCUUCAUCAAUAAUGAGUACUGAUCUGUUUAUUUAAUAGCCAUGUUGUUGUUUUUUUUGCCAUAUGUGUUUUAUAUAGAACAUGUGUGGCAAACUAUUCCAAUGACCGGGCCUGUCGCCAUGACAAAACCUGUCCCAAUAAUUAUCGCAAAAAAUGAUUUUAUUGUUGUUUUGAAACCAUUUUCAACUGAUAUGUUGAUAGUGGCAUAAUAAUGCAAGUUGGCACUCUCAAAGAAAUUUUAAAUAUAUAUUAAAACACAACAACCAUAAUCAAAUGGCAACAUGGACAUUAAAAACCACACACAAACAAAACCAUAAACACAAUUGAUUGUCAUGUUUCUGUAAACAAAUUGAAAAAUACUGCAGUAAUCAUCUGAAUGAAAACUAUUGAGCCUGCUUUAAUUGAUCAUGCAAUUAAUUGAUUUAUUGCUCAUUGACUGGUUUCUGCCUUCUCGGCACAAGAGAAGGCAGUUUUAUCAAAAGCAGUCUCUAGAGGUCGCUCUUGUGAUUCUAGUCCUGUUAUCUGAUCUCAGAAGAAGCAAAACCUUCUUAAAGGUGGAGUAACAACCAGGAAUUGUCUGCAUAAAAUGUCAGAUUUUCAAACUUUAAAAAUGAUUCUUAGAGUAAUUUUAACUGGAUCCUUCACAACCCUGUGAUGGCUGCAGACAUUAAAUGUUCUUGUUAAGGGUGACUCAGCUGGUUACAGGCAGCAGCUCCUGUUCACACACCAGGUCAGGCUGCAGGUCAUUUUCAGUGAAAAUGAACUUUCACUUCAACAGUUCAUUUUGUGUUUACUUGUGUUAUCUUUGUCUAAUAUUUACAUUUGUUUGACCAUCAAAAAGUCUUGAUGUCUUCACCGAAUGUUAGAUAAAAAAAGAGCAAACUGGAUGAUAUAAAUCAUUUUUCCUGAAGUUUUGAAAUACUGUCCUUAAACUCUUCAAAGAAAAUGAUGCUUUAGUGAGUGUUUAUUUGUCCUCGGCUGAUUUUUCACUACAAUUCAAUUUUUUAAUGCUUUUUACUCCUUUAAGCUUAUGGAUGUAAUCUAGGUUAUUAUUUUGCUUAUUGCCUUUGCCUCCUAACUGUGUCAUUCGUUUAACUGAUAGAGUCAUUUUUAGAAUAUUUGCUCGAAAAAUCAUCAGCAUCUCUUGUGAUUGAAAUCCAUGGUGAAUUGUUCACAAUGAUGACUUUCUCUGUUCUGUAUAUUGAUGUAAUGUGCAUGCAUUUGUAUUCCUCAACAAUUAUAAAUACAUCAUUGAAUGACUCCGCCUCUUGUCACUUGACUCUAAAAAUGUUUUGGCUUCAGAAACUCAGUCAAAUAUGGAGAGCAAUUUCAGCCAAAAUUAAACAAGUGAAUAAAAAAAUAAAUCAGUGAAUAAAAACAAGUGAAUAAAAAAAUAAAUCAGUAA